AUGAACCAACAGCAGCAAUGGCUCAAUUCUCAGAUGCAGGGGCAACGACCUCAAUAUCCACCUCAAAUGAAUCAACAGCAGCAACAACAGUUCUUCCGACCCCAAGGACUUCCCUUGACACCACAACAACAGCAAGCGAUGUAUGGUCAACGCCCACAAAUAUCACCACAAAUGAUACAACAAGGACUUGCUAUGCAACAGCAAUACCCACAGAAUCCACAACAACAGCAAUUGUUAUUACAACAACAAAAUAUGAUUGCUCAACAAUCUCAAUUGAAGCGACCUUCUGAACAAAAUCCUCCUGUCGCUCCACGCAUAAAAAAACGCAAACCAACAGACAAGACCCUAUCUCGAAAGGUCGAGUCAUACGUACCUGAAUCACGAUUGUUUAGUCAACUGCAAGACUUUGAACGCCAGCUAGACGCUACAAUUGUAAGAAGAAAGGUGGAAUUACUGGACAAUCCUGCAAAAUUAUCAAAAGUCACAAGGACUUUACGAAUUUUCGUGUCAAAUACUGCUGGAUCACAGUAUAUUCCAACAAAUGAUGCUGGCGAAGCCUUGUUUGAUGCUGAUACCGCAAAAUCACCAAAUUGGACUCUCAAAGUGGAAGGCAGACUAUUGGAUGUGGCAAACAAAAAGUACCAGACCGGAGUUCAUCACAAGUUUUCAUACUUUGUAAAGUCCAUGGUGGUAGAAUUGAAACGUGAUAGCAAUUUGUACAGUGAAGGCAACAUCAUCGAGUGGCAGAAGAAUCCUUCUGCACCCGAAAUGGAUGGAUUUGAAGUCAAGAGAAAGGGAGAUUCCGAGUUGCCGUGCCGUAUUAUCAUUACAUUGGACCAACCCGACAAAUUCAAACUACCAGCGGAAAUGGCCCGAUUAUUGGACAUUCAUACCGACAAUCGUCAAAACAUAAUGUUGGGACUUUGGCAAUACAUCAAGCAUCAUAAACUUCAAGAUCCUGAGGACCGUAAAAAGUUGAAUCCCGAUGAAGGUCUACGACUUGCAUUGAAUCUCCCAGAUUCUGGCAUUCCAUUCUCUAUUCUCCCAAGUUUGAUCGAUAGUCGAUUGCUACCAAUUGAUCCUAUUGUCAUCAACUACACCAUCAAAGUGGAUAAGGAAUUCUCGUUUAGUCCCACUGCAUUCGAUGUCGAAGUUGAGUUCACUGAUCAAUCACGCAAGAAUGUAGUUGCAGCUAUUACACAAGGUGCACCCAAUGUUGAAAAGGAGAUUGCUGCUCUUGAUGAAAAGAUGUCACACCUGGUUGCUCAAGUCGGUGCUUGUAACGUCAAGCGUGACUUUUUGCUUGGAUUUGUCAAGGAUCCUAUUUCAUUUUUGAAUACUUGGGUGGCCAGUCAAUCCAGAGACUUGGAGGUGGUUCUUGGCGAUCAACGCCUGGUUGGAGAGGAAGUACGCAGAUCUGAGUUCUACAAACAGGCAUGGGUGUCUGACAGUGUUGGGCACUUCCUGACGGAUCGGUUUGGUGCCAUCCGAUAG